UUUGAACAGAGUAAAGUCAAGUAAACGCCUUGUAAUAGGUUAGGUUGGCUACCUUGAAAAUUUUGAAAUUAAGAAUAUAGGUUAUGUUAUAAUUUUUAAAUAUAUACAUACUAUUUAUUUAAAAAUUAUCAAUGUUUGCGUAUUAAUGAUAAUCUGCUUUUAGCCAAACGUUUCGUUUUAAAUUUUGACACAAUUUAUAAUAAUGAAUUUUAAAAAAUUUCAGUAGAUUUCAUUCAAAAUAUAAAUGCCAUGGUAACCGUAAAGCUUUAAGGUAAACAAUAAGGAAUUGUCAACCUAUAAACCUUAAAUGUGUGACACAAAAUAAUAUCAAAGAUCUCUCCCCAACGUUAAGAAAUGGAAGAUGACGUAGAUAGUUUGGGGCCGGAAGAUGCUGUAACACCUUUAGAUGACAGUUCAGUAGUCGAAUUAACAAAAAAAAGUCAUGACUCCAUUCCUCCUAAUGCUUACCAAAUUAAACCCUCGCUUCAGGAAAAGUUUAAGGAAAUGCCUGUUAAGGAGAUAAUAAGGAAUGCGGUAUCGAUAACUUUAACAGGGAAGUCAUACGAACCAGAACAUGUCAAGAAAUGGACUAUAUCCAUUGCAAAUGAAGUCAACGAAAGGGUAAAGGAAUUACAGAUGAAGAGGUACAAGCAUAUCGUACAAGUAGUUAUUGGAGAAAUGAAAGGAGCUGGCGUGAAAUCUGGGGUUAGAUGCUUAUGGGACUCUGACGUUGAUGGCUACACUAGCGAAAUUUUUAUGAAUAAAUGUAUUUUUUACAGGAUACAAUUUUCUGCCUUACAACGGUUUUUGCAAUCUACUUAUAUUAAUUAUAAACUUACUAGUUCAUACAUGUACCAUUAUUUAUUCAGUAGUUUAGAAUUUAUAGAUAUAUUUCAUUAAAUAAUAAGCAUUUGUA